GUAAGACACUCACACUCUCUCACACAGCUCUAAGAAAGAAUGCAUCAUUAUCAGUAUAUAUAGUGAGCCUUAUAUCAAAAAACCCUAGCCCAAUGGGAGUCACCUAAUCUGAUUUAUCCAAACAUUUUGGGCCUUUGUUAUUAAUUAAUCUCCAACAGUCCAAAAGCCUUGAAAAUCGACAAGAUAUUUUUUCAACAAAUAUAGAUUCAUUCAUUUCCAAUUUCUCUAGUUUCCCCAAUCCCUUCCUCAGUCCAUUCCUUUCCCUUCUAGCAGGAAGGAAUGGCAGUGACCAAUUUUUCAUCUGCCACUGUCACAGUCACUCCUCUUCUCAUAUUUCACAAACCCAGAAAAAUCUCUCCCCAAUUAUCAUCAAUUUUCCACCAAUCUUCCAAUUUGACCGAGAAAAGAUACAAUCUUUCUUUGCCAAAAAGGGGAACUCGAGGACUCAAAAUUGUAGCUCAAUCCAAGGAUAGCAAUUCAGCUGAUGCACCUGACCGUUUAAUCUCAGCCAUAUGCUACUUUUAUCCAUUCUUCGAUGGCAUUCAAUAUGGUAAAUACGUUAUCUCCCAGGUUGCACCAAUUAAAGCUCUGAUUCAGCCACUGGUUCCAGCAAUUAAGGUCUUUAAAGGGUUCCCUUUGAAUGGGUUCCUGGUUUUUAUUACCCUUUACUUUGUGGUUGUUAGGAACAAUAAUUUCAGUAGGUAUGUGAGGUUUAAUACCAUGCAGGCCAUUGUUCUUGAUGUGUUGUUGAUUUUUCCUGAUCUAUUGGAGAGGAGUUUCAAUCCUAGAGAUGGGGUGGGAUUGGAUUUGUUGAUGAGCUUUGAUAGCACUGUGUUUUUGUUCCUUUUGGUUUGUUUGAUUUAUGGUUCUUCUUCUUGCUUGUUUGGUCAGCUCCCUAGGUUGCCAAUUGUGGCUGAGGCUGCAGAUAGGCAAGUUCUUUGAUUUAAUCAAAGAAUUACAGAACAAAAAGAAACUCUAUUAUUGCUUAAUUUAUUGAGAAAUGGUAAUGUAAUUAUAUGCUCAUUUGUUACAUUUAUUAGAAGUCAAACCAUGUACCACUGCUUCAAGUUAGUUCCAAACUUUAGCCUUCAUUUGUUCUUACGUUUUUCAUUUUAAUGUUUCCCCCAACUCUGUGCUAAUUGCUACUUCUUUCCCCCCACAAAGACAUGAUGAUAAUGCUGUUGUAAAUGUACGUCCAUUUUGCUGAUAGUUCUUCUCUUGCAAUCGUACUGAUGGAAACUUUUUAUUAAUCUUGCACAAUGACAUUUUUUAUUCUGGCACUUAAAAAGAGUUAGGAAAGAACGAAUGUUGAUCAUCAGUAGCUUGACUUCAAGCCUGCAAACUGAACUACUAGUGGAUGAAUUUGCAUACAUUGGUUAAUGUCUUUUUAAAUGCUGCUCAUUUAUAUUGCUUAUUAGUAAUCACAUAUGUAACAUGUUCCUAUAAUUAGCUGCAGAUCAGUAGAAUAUGUAAUUUGAUUGUAGUGUACAACUAUACACAACGAUUGAUGUGAACAUUGAGAGCUUUACGAAUAACACAACAGCUUUCCCUAUGAUUACUGCAGUCUGCAGUAGUAGUUCUCAUCAGGAACUACGAGGCCCUAUUAGAUUUCAGUUGGGAACAAAUAGGGAAAUAUGUUCUUUUCUCCCUAUUUUCCCAUUAGUAGUCUCCACUUUUUGAACUAACAGAACAAAAUGGAUUGCAAGUUUUUCAACUUCACUGCCUCUUCUAAGAUGAUUAUGAAACUUUUAAUUAGUAGACUUGAUGAUAUAAUUGUGUUUUUGGCAUAUUUGAUGAUAAAUUGAAAAAUACUGAUUUAGCAUUCAAAUUGAAAAUGAAGUUAAUGGAAUUAUUCAAAUGAAUAGCGAUAAGAAAAUUAGGGUUGCAAUCUUUUUUGGUACUCCUUCCAUCCUUAAUAUAAGUCAUUUUGAUUUGUCCUAGGUUUCACCUAGUACAUAUUUUUAAUUAACAAAAAAAUCUUAAAAAUUUACGUUUAAAUUCGUUGUGUUCUCUUGAUUGUUAUGGAAUAUUUUUAAGAUUUUUUUGUCAAUUAAAAAUGCAUACUAGGUAAAACUUAGGACAAAUCAAAAUAUCUUAUAUUAAGACUGGAUGGAGUAUUUUUUUUGUAAUCUUUGUUAAAGCAGAUCAUUAUGGAAAAAAUGGUUUUUUUAAAACAGUGUGGCUGUUUUUUCGCUUUUUCUUCACUGCCUCUUCUGAUGGGAGAAGAUGAUUGAUAUAAAGCUUCACUGAAACCAUUAUAAUGUUUCUAUAUCAAUUAUCACAUUCAACUAUCUACAUAACUAUGUUCCGGUUAAAGCAGCAACCAAAAAAAACAAAAACAGUUUUGUAAUAAGUGUAUUGGAUGGUGAUAUUUCUGCCAUAUUCUGAAAUGAAAAAGAAGCCUAUGUUCUGCAGUUGUGGAAAUGGAAAGCUUACAUAAUUCAGAGGAACUGGCAUGAGACGGCCACAGAAUGUUGCCAUCUUUUCGGCUGCAUCAGCAUCCAUAUUUUGCAGUUGGCCGCAGAAUGGCUCUCUGAAGAUCCAACUUUUGCUGCGAGGCCCAUACCCCGAGUGAUUAAUUUCCAUGAUGAUACCACUACCUACAUACUUUAUGCUUCAAAAUCCAUAGUUAAACAAUUAUUUCCCCAUCUGAUAUAUCACAGUCUCAUACCAUGUUUUUGAAAUUAAAUCACUGACCCGACUAACCAAUAAUUGAGCAGCAUAUUUUCCCUCCAUAUCAAGAAUACAAAAAAAAAAAAAUAAAAUAAAUUUUCCAACUCCAUUUGUUAGUAUAGAACAAGCAAGUUGUAAAAAUUGCAGAUUGUUAUAUUCCAAUUAAUUUCAACCUACUUCCAGUGUCGUUUUUCCAAACACGUCCCAAUGAUUGUCUUAUUGAUUUUAGAAAUUAAUUAAAUCAAGGUAAGUGUGAGUUUUCGUACCCGUUAGCUUGUCACAUUUGAUAGAUUUACACCCUCGCACAUUGUCGUAUUAAUGAAGCUCUCAUGUAUUCUGCAUAAUUGCCUCCAUUUUGUUCAUGUAUUUGCAAACCUUUCGAUUAAACAAAUAUAUGGUUGAUUGUGUUAGGCGAAUGUAGCAUCUUGUAGUUGAUUAAUUAGGAGUGUUCUUUAUUCUUGAAAAAAACUUUCUUUUAGGGUUCAUACACUUUCUAAUGUGAGCUGUAUGCGUAUUAGUGUUUGCAAUAAACCAAUCACUCAACUAAAAAUCAUAUUAUGCUUAUAAGU